AUGUUCUUCAGAAAAAAACCUAAGCAAAAUACGACGAUCAACACCGAAAAGAUAACAAAUUACACCCAUUUCUUAGAGAUCCCUUUAAAAAUCGUGGGUUGUUGGGACUGGUAUCCAGAACCGAGGUCUGAAUAUCAAAUAAUCUUGAAUAAUGUCUACAUCUGCAUGGUUUUGUUCGUUCUCACGAACAUUCCGAUGACUUUAUUCGUUAAUUUGUACAUUGAAUGGGCAGGGAUGAUGGAUAGCUUAGAUGAAUUAGCUGAUUGCAUGCCUUCUCUUGUUUCGAUAGCAAUAGUCUGUUAUUUCGUGGUGAAUAGAAAGAAGAUGUACGAUUUGAUUGGGUUUAUGAACAAUAAUUUUGAAUAUUACUCGGCGAACGGCUUGACUAACAUGACGAUGCUGCGAUGCUACAAGACAGCGAAGAAUUUCGCUUAUUUUUACACAGCUUGCACCAUGUUCAGCGUCACAUUGUAUGUUAUACCGGAGAUUGUUAACUUGUGGAAGAAGCUGCCUCUUCAAAACAGGAUUUACGCCGACGUAACAAGAUCCCCAUUCCUGGAAUUCGCGUUUAUUCGUCAGUGCCUGGGGCAAGCUUUCAUCGGGCUCGCUAUGGGACAGUUAGGCGUGUUCUUCGCCUCGAACGCCAUCUUGCUCUGUGGCCAACUCGACCUCCUCUGCUGCUCAGUCCGCAACGCGCGGUUCUCCGCGCUCUUGCAAGGCGGAACUCUUCACACGGCCAUAGCAAAGUCGCAUGCAGACAUCUUGGAUGAUGAGCUGCAUCACUACAUUUAUAAUACGGCGGAGAUGACGCCGUCGGAGAACCAUUAUGGGAGAAAGAUGCAAUCACAUUUUGUGGAUAAAAUGUCGAAUUUUGAUAUCUACAGCAACAAAUAUGACAAGGCGACAGUGGACGCGCUUCGAGACUGCGCACGCGUCUGUCAGAUAAUCAACGUUUACAAAGACAAGUUCGAGCAAUUCGUGUCACCGCUUCUGGCCCUGCGCGUGAUACAAGUCACCUUAUAUUUGUGUACACUGUUGUAUGCAGCUACAUUGCAGUUCGACAUGGUGACGGUAGAAUACUUGGCAGCUGUUGCUCUCGACAUAUUCGUGUAUUGCUAUUAUGGAAACCAAAUUAUAUUACAGGCCGAUCGCGUAUCAACCGCAGCAUACCAAGGCAUGUGGCACACGAUGGGUGUGCGUCCCAGGCGCAUGUUGCUUAACAUCUUGCUCGCCAACAGACGCCAGACUAUAGUCCGUGCUGGCAGGUUUCUCCCCAUGGACUUGCACACAUUUGUUGUUAUCAUCAAGACAUCAUUUUCUUACUACACUCUACUAGUUAACGUAAAUGAAAAUCACGAUUAAGAAGUUCACAAUUAAUAGAAUAAGAAAUAGAAGUGCACGAGUGUCAAAAUGGUUGCCAUUUGAUACCUACAAGGUACAUCCUCUCCUACAAGGCAUAUCUGAAAAAAUUAAACUUAAUUUUUAGGAUACUUUU